GAUGUGAACGAGUUGUUUUGGUCAGUAAAUGACUCGAACAGAAGAAAGCGUUAUCCGGGAAAUCCAUCGACGUACACCGUGACAUAGAGGGAUGGCUAGAGGCUCGACAGAGUUUACAAGCAAGACUGGCCGUCUGGCAGAGUCGACUGGGUUCUUCGGAGACGACACUUUCAACCUGCGAUGUGGAAGAUUGGUCCUCAACUCAAUCUUGUACCGGCAUCAUGACUCCAGCAGAGAGCUGGAGCGAUUCUGGCAGCGUCACCAGCGACGCCACUGAGACUUGUCACAGGCAUCCUGCUAUCACUACAAAGCAUAAUGCAGAACUCUGCAAGAAUCUCGCACUCCGCUUCGCGCAGUCGAUGGACGAAAUACUGGAUCGUCCGAAGGCUGCUGAUCCGGCAGUCAUUGCUAUUUAUUCUGGCUUCGUCCAAGAUAAGUGUGAGCAGCUUGCCCUUGACCUCGAGCAGUCUUCACGAACAUCUGCGCCUGCUGUUCCCAAGUCAUCCCAGUUUUGGCAUUCGAGCAUGCGUAAAGAUAGUGAUACUGUUGGCACAAAACAGACGAGCAACGAGAACAAGGAUGAAGCACUGGAGGCUAUUAUCAGCGGUUUUGGUCCAGACACCGUCAAGGAGGAUAUCGCAAAGCUGGUGUUCCUCUGGGUCGACGUCCAGGAAUUUGCUGGCUUCAAGAGAGAUGACGUGAUGAAGGUGUGGUAGUGCGGAGCCGAGUCGUGAGUCGAACGAGCAGAUAACGGGUAUCAUGAGUUGUUGAGGCUCAGAUAGAUUCCUCGGUCAGGCGAUCAAGGUUCCAGCUCGAUGGGUAGCUCGAAAUCAAUAGUCGUCUAUGACUGUCAUGAUUCGCAAGUCUGUUUCCUCGAAUCGCAAACGAGGUCGAA